GCAUCUUCAGCACCAGCCUGUGCUCAGUAGCAGCAGCAGCAGCAGGUUGCACCGAGCAGGGUUGCGAUGGCAGCGCUACAACUAAACAAACUCUAGUGUGCCUAUAAAUACCCCCGACUCCCCGCACAGCUGGCAGCCGCCCGGGUGCUCGGAGGUAACACAGAACAAUAAGGACGAAGAGUCCUCCCUCCCUGCGGGCAUUUCCCCGGCUGUCCUGCUACUGCCUUCACCUCGCUCUCCAAAGGGCUCGUCCGAGAGGGCACCGUGUGCCAGUCCCCACCAGCAGGGUCUCCGCAUAUCGGAGGGACCCGGGCACACGCAGAGUCGCAGACCCUGCCUCCUUCUCCUGCAGCCGCUCCAUUGGCUGCAAUCUCUGUUCCAGUGAGUGAGGCUCAGUGCUGAGGGCUUCCAUCUCAUCAUUCCCCCUUCUGGCAGCGCUGUCCUCCUCCUCCGCCGCCCCGACAUGCUGAAAGUCACGCUGCCUUCCUCGUCCUCGUCUUCCUCCUCGUCUUCCACAGCGUCCUCGUCCGCCUCCUCCUCCUCCUCCAGGUCCGGCAGCGCUGCGCCCGAUUACUGGAUCGAUGGCUCCAACAAGGACACCUUGGCCCAUUACUACGAGCUGGAGUCCGAGCUGGGACGGGGUGCAACAUCGGUUGUGUACAGAUGCCUGCAGAAAGGAAGCCAGAAGCCUUUUGCAGUCAAAAUGUUAAAGAAAACUGUAGAUAAGAAGAUUGUGCGAACAGAAAUUGGGGUCCUUCUGCGCCUUUCACAUCCAAAUAUUAUAAAAUUGAAGGAGAUUUUUGAGACACCUGCAGAAAUUAGUCUUGUUCUUGAACUGGUGACAGGAGGUGAAUUGUUUGACAGAAUUGUCGAAAAGGGGUUUUACAGUGAGCGGGAUGCUGCAGAUGCUGUGAAACAGAUAUUAGAAGCUGUUGCAUAUUUGCAUGAAAAUGGGAUUGUUCACCGAGAUCUGAAGCCAGAAAAUCUGCUUUAUGCUACAGCAGCGCCAGAUGCUCCCUUGAAAAUAGCUGAUUUUGGACUAUCAAAAAUUGUGGAUGACCAAGUGACAAUGAAGACUGUCUGUGGAACGCCGGGAUAUUGUGCUCCAGAAAUUCUCAGGGGGUGCGCCUAUGGACCCGAAGUAGACAUGUGGUCUGUGGGUAUUAUCACCUAUAUACUGCUCUGCGGCUUUGAACCUUUCUACGAUGAGCGUGGAGAUCAGUACAUGUACAAGAGGAUUCUCAACUGUGAUUAUGACUUUGUCUCCCCCUGGUGGGACGAUGUAUCUCUUAAUGCCAAGGACUUGGUGAAAAAGUUAAUCGUGUUUGACCCAAAAAAGCGUCUCACCACUCACCAAGCUCUACAACACCCCUGGGUCACAGGAAAAGCUGCAAACUUUGCUCAUAUGGACAAUGCCCAAAAGAAACUCCAGGAGUUUAAUGCCAGACGCAAGCUCAAGGCAGCUGUUAAAGCUGUAGUAGCCUCAACGCGUUUAGGUAGUGCUGGCAGCCACAGCAGCCAUGACAGCAAUAAGCCAAGCAGGAAUCCAUCUCCUGUGCAAGAGAGUGGCCGCGAAGAGGUGACCACUAAAGAGCCUAAACAGGAAGAGGAAGGAGCAUCUUGAGUCCACAACUGCCAUGUUUGAGUCUGGGUCUCUGCCAUUUCAUGCACAAGCUACAUCAAUCUGUUUCUUCGCAGGGAAGAUUCCUUAGCAUGGCCUUCUGACAGUUAUUUUCAUGGGGUGCAAUGAAAUGCACAAGUUGGUGACACUAUGUUCAAUGCAUGUGACUGCUUAUCAAAAUAGUAAAAUGGCCGACCUGACACAUGACAGGUGUAGUGCGGUACCUACAUAUGAACUAUGACAUGGGCUAAUAUUAUUUCAACUAUAACCUUGAUAUGCAUUGUAUCUACACUGUAGAUGAAGUGUGUAGUGUUUCAUUUUACAAUUUUAUAAAGGUAAAGGAAUUUAUAGAGGAUAUCUUAGUAGUAUGAGUUUUCAUUUCAUAUUAUUAUCAUGUUGCUGGGUUUAUACUAAAGCUCUAAAAUAACACAUAUAACACCUAUAGUUAUAUCAGUUAUAUCUGUUUACAAUAAGAUAGUAUAAGUAUUUUAUGCAAAAAAAAAAACAUUCCACUGAUAUGGCAGUAAUGUAUAGCCCUUGUGGCUGGAAUAUGGUACAGUAUAUUGACAUAGUUAGCAUUAAUAAUGCCUUAUUAUUACACUUUAUAUACAGUAUUUUAUUAACCAAAAAUAAUUUUCAUAGAUUUCUGUCAAUGUACUGUCUAAAAGCUAAAACACAUAACAAGUUAAUAUACAGUAAAAUAACAGUAAAGUGAAGAGGCAUAAUACAAUAAAUGCUGAAUAAUGUAUUGCAACCUUGGGGUUGGAUGUGUAACAGCACUGGCUACAAAUAUUGUGAGAUAUGCAAAAGAUUCGAGUAUAUUAAGAACACAUCGUGCUGACUAUUCAAAAUGUUACUUGUACAUUUAUUUUUAAUAUAAAUGAGUUGAUUUAAUGAAGACUAUUGUCACAUAUUAUUUAUGUUUAACAGAAGACAAUUAUCAGUAGAACACUCAGCUCUUAAAUUAUUCUCCCGUUAAGAUUUUUUUAAUGAAAAUAUAAGCUGCUGUAGUUGUGUUUGAGAUUCUUAAUUUUUAAUAAUCAUUAUUUUUA